CUUCUGUCUUCUUUCAGUAGGACCGUUUUUGCUGCAGUAAACGGUAGUCGUUGGAGAGGGCAAAAAAAGGCAAGAAAACACAACAGAAUAGAAACAAACCCGCUAAAGGGAAGCUUGAUCCGGACUUUAAUGUGAACACCAUCGCUGCGUUUCUGAGCUCCAGCACGCAGCGCGCGGAGGCUUUACGGACACAGCAGCUGGGUAGACUUUCAAUCAGCAUUGCAUCUUCAGUUUUUACAAGGUUUCAACGUAACAGACACACGGAUGAGAGAAACUUUGCAAGUGAAUAUGGCAUUUUCGUCAUUCCCUCUGUCGACACUUAUUACCCUGGUACUUCUUGCGGCAUCCAUUCAGAGCAACUCCAUGUACGAUGAUGAUGAAGAUCCUUUCCAACCAGUGACCUCGGACGAGACAGUGGCCGAGGGAGGUACGGUGACUCUGACAUGCCGUGUGGCUGAAACUGAUAAUUCCUCCCUCCAGUGGUCCAACACUGCACAACAGACACUCUACUUUGGAGCUAAAAGAGCUUUAAGAGAUCACCGCAUUCAGCUACAUAGGUCCACGCCCACAGAGCUGUCAAUCACCAUCUCCAAUGUGCAGCUGUCAGAUGAAGGAGAAUAUACCUGCUCAAUCUUCACCAUGCCCGUACGGAUUGCACGAGCCACCGUCACAGUACUUGGAGUACCUGGGAAGCCAGUAAUAACAGGUUUUGAGGACCCAGUGCAGGAAGGAGGGAGUGUGACACUUACUUGCACUAGCACGGGUAGCAAACCUCCUGCUCAGCUCUACUGGUAUAAAGGACAGGAAAAACUGGAUGCCCGUCCGAAUGUGGUGGAAUCCAACCCCAGUGAGCCGACAUACACAGUGACGAGUGUGCUCACGCUGCCGGUGACCAGGACCGAUAACAACGCCAUGAUCGGCUGUGCCGUGGACCAUCCAUCCAUCAACAAUGGCGACAAGAAGACAGAGCUGCCUUUGAGUGUGCUGUUCUCCCCGAGUGUCUUGAUUAAGCCUGAAAGUGACCUGCCUCGAGAAGGAGAGAGAUUUUUCCUGCAUUGCAUGGGGAAUGGAAACCCUGAGCCCUUGUCCUUCAUGUGGAAUAAGAAAGACGCAGACUUCCCUCCACAGGUGAGACCUGACGGCGCAUACCUCCGCUUCGAAGCCCUCAACAAAUCCGAUAAUGGAGUUUACUUGUGUCAAGCAGACAACGGUAUUGGCUGGAACCAGGGUUCCUACACCCUGCUAGUACAAGACCCCACAGCAAUGUCCAGUUCAUCAGGUGUUGAUCAUGCUGUGAUUGGGGGAGUGGUGGCUGUCAUUGUCUUCAUCAUGCUUUGCCUCCUCAUUGUCCUUGGCAGAUACCUCAUCAGACACAAAGGUACAUAUCUGACCCAUGAAGCAAAGGGCUCAGACGAUGCCCAGGAUGCCGACACAGCCAUCAUCAACGCAGAAGGUGGCCACUCCGGUAUCGAGGACAAGAAAGAAUACUUUAUCUAAGCGUCCCUCCAUCACUCCAUUUUUUCUUUCUUCCCUUGCUUCAGUUCCUUUCCGUUGGAGAAAAUCUAAAAAGGAAUGAGUAAAAGAGUGAACAAAAGACGUGGAACUGAAGAAAGCAGAAAAAGAUCAGUUUCAGGCUGUGUUGAAACCAGGGAGUUUUGCACUGACAUCAGUAUUUAACUGUUCACACACACACACAUACACACACACACACACACACAAAUACACACACACUAGCAUACACACACACACUAGCAUACACACAAAUAGACAGCAUGCCUAUGUGCUCUCGGAUUCAUGCCUGUACCCAGUCUCUUCAUAUGCCUCUGUGGUUAUAUUCAACAAGGACAAUAUGAUGACAAUAACCUACUGUAUAACCCACAGUGAACUCAUAUACAGUUUAACUAACACAAACACAUUUUAACCAGUGUGUACUUUCACAUUCAUUUCCCAUACAUCUGACAUGCAUGCACACAUACAAACACACACACACACACACACACACACACACACACACACACACACAAAAGAAGCUAAAUUCCAACUCCCCAUUAUCUUUGCCUCAAACAAAAGAGACAAAGUAUAUCUUAAUACUCGGCAAUAUACACAACUUGCAGACGGGCAGGCAGAUUAGCGCACACACACACACACACGCACACAUUGAUAUACACACAGAUACACACAAACAAUGCAAUCAUGCAAAACAGCUUCUGUGCUGUGACUUUAUCGAACCCCAGAAUAAAUGUAUAGAUAUAUAUAGAUAAUUAUAUAGCAUUGUUUUUACUUGGGAGAACUGGUCCAGUGUGGUGUAAAUAUACUCUUUGUCAUGCUCUCUCUCUCUCUCUCUCUCUCUCUCUCUCUCUCUCCUUCACUCUCUCUUUUUACCUCUUUUCCCCUUUCUCUCCAUCCAUCCUCCUAACCCAUCUUUGUCUGCAUUUCAUUGUGUCAUGUUACAGUAUAUACUCUAAAGCCUGCCUGGUUUUCUUACAUGCGUGAAAAUGCAUUGAGAUUAAAAAAAAAAAAAAAAAAUUGAUAUAUGGGGUACAAAAAAAAAAAGUUACCAUGAAUAUGUCAGUACUGCAAAUAUUGGUAUGAGUUUUUGUUUUUUUCCAACUGAGUUUCUGGUGUAACUGUUGGUGGCGCAAUUUUUGGUGUCAGCUGUCAUCCCAGGACUUAUUGGUAUCAUCACCAUUAUUCUUUUCAUUACAAACAGAUGAUGAAAUACAUUUUUUCCUUUCCUUGUUAGCCCGGUACUUGCAUCCCAUAUCUUAUUGUGACAUCACUUCCUGUCCUAUCGAAGACAGGCGAAUGAGCUAAAGCAGGGUACUGCAUGUGCGAACAAGCAAGCAAAACAAACUAAAACAAGAAGCUAGACUCUUCUGUCUACUGUACUUUCUCUCCUUAUGUUUUCGACACUCCCUUCUUGCCUCCCUCUCUUCGUCUCCCUAUACAGUGUUCUAGUUUUAGUGUGUGUCUGUGAAAGUGCAUUCUGGUUCUCCCUUAAUAACUAUCCAUAGUCUCGAUCUUGUCAUACUUGAUCCGACCACCCUGGUAUUUCUUACUUUUGCAGCUAGCUUCAUUAAGGCUAGAAAUGCUGAAGUUUAUUGUAUGACAAAUAGCAAGCUGACAUAUUGAUAACCAUAUUGGAUGACUUGUUAUGUAAGUUGCAUGAACGACAGAACUGAUCUUCCCCAGCUUCCUCUGAAUAUUGCUUAUCCUCUGUAGAGCUGAUCCAUCGUAAAAAAAUCUAAUGAUUUCUAUAGACUCUACAGAGCAGCGUUGUCAGAGAUGAGUCCUAACCCUUCGGAGAUAUGUGUUUAAUGCUCUUUUAAAACACCACACCACAACCUUCAAGGGCCUUUAUAAUUAGCUGAUGAACUAAAUAAGGUAUUGAUAAAUAAAAAAAAAUCUGUAGAAUUCCUCCAGGACUUGAGACUGACAUCAUGGCUCUAAACCCAACGUUUCCCAAACUGGUGCUCAGGGACUUAACGUAUUCAGUAUUCUAUAUGGGUUGUUUGACGUAUGUUGGGUGCUUAAAAAAAAAGAAGAAAAAAAAAACUGUUUGUGGACCUGGAAUUUGGGAAACACUACUCUAAACUACAGCCCUGAUCAUAGACCUCAUGUUUGCUGUUACAACCUUCCACCACUAGAUGAUGCAUUAUGUUAGAUCCGCCUCUCCUUCAUCUCUCCCCUUUCUUUCUCUGGUACAGGUAGCAGAAUUUGUGAUGCACCUUAUGUUAACGGUGGAUCAUUGCAGAGGUUUAUUUCUAAAUUAUGUUUAUCCCUUUUUCAUUUUGUAGCUCUGUAUACUAUAAGUGUAAAAUGUUCUGUUAACUUUUUAUUGUAUGACUAGAUGUUAUAGAUGGUAUAGACAUCUAUAGUAAGGUGUAGAAGAGUAUAGUUUCCGUGACUUAUUGUUUUAAAAUCAGCCAUUUUGUAUAAUUUUAUGUAAAUAGUGUUGCCUUGAACAGUCCUCUCCUUACAACAGUUGUUAAGUGCAUACCCAUGCACACUGACCCACAUUAAGGGUUUUGCGAAGUGUGUGUGCACUUUCUUAUGUAAGAUGUUCACAAACAGUGUCAUCUCCAACAGGCAAAGAAAACACAAUGUGUUGUUUUCCACAGGCAUUGUUAAUUUGACCGUCUAUGUUAGCGCUGUUUUGGAAUGAGAAGUCUUCCUUUUCAAUAAAUAUUCAUAUGUCAUUGACAUUU